CUCAAGCAUGUAAUUCCAAUUUGAGGGUCCACGCAGUAUAAAAAGCAACACAGAGGGCUUUGGUGCAGGCAGAUCUAGGUUGGAGUCUUGGUUCUGCCACUUCCUAAAGAUGAUCUCAGGUUCCUCUGCAUGCUUCCAUUGCAGGGCCAGUAGCACUGUAAAGAGUCUUUUAAAUUGGUUUCAGAAAAUGGAAUGCAGAGGAGAUGGACCCCUCUUUUGCUGUAAACACACAGAAAUAGCGGAUAAAAUCAGAGAUCAGAUAAAUUCGAUGGGUUUGAAAGAAAUCAGAGGAAACCUGGAUCAGGGAGCCUUCUCAAGGAAGGGUGGUGGAAACUACAUGUCCUCCGUAGACGCCAGUUGGAGGUUCAGUUUCAUCUGGGGCACUGGGGACAUGGCCUUGCAGACCUUAGUAAAGACUUGGGAUUUUAGUCAAGUAUGGUGAGAAACUUUUGGAGGGGUUGUACUUAAUGGCCCCAUUUCACAAAUCCUAGGGUAUUUUCCCUUUCUGGAGGAAUGAAAGAUACUACACACACAGCAAAUAGUUUACUGGAUGUCCAAGAGGAAAGGCCAUUGAAAUAAACUGAGGAAUAAAAAGUUUUAAAGACACGAUCCCACUUGAAAUGGAAUUAUCUAUUGGGGAGACAAAGGCUGGAUUUCACAAAACAGCACUACCAGGGAGUAUUCAGUUGCCACCCUGGUGUAGCUGCCAACUCAGAGUCUCUGUGAUGCCUGACACCCCCAGUUCCCAGUACACACCCACAGAAAAAGGCAGAGGCUGCUUUUCUAGACUUUAGAGUUUAAAAUUGGCACUGUCCACAUUAAUAAUAUUUCCUAAUCCAAAUACAAUGGAAUUUUGAUAACAGACUUUAAAAUCUAAAUAACAAAGUGAAUUUUAAUUUUUAUUUGGUUUUUGGUUGAUUAAGGGACAAUAAUUAAUUCUGAUUCAGACCCUUCAAAUCUAAGUUUGCUGUAAGUACAACUGGGCAUUUCACUUUCUGACCAAAACUAUUAUAUAGAAAAGAUCCUCAUCAGAUUGUCCUUUUCUUUGGCAAAUAAGUGUUUUUAAUAUCCUGAAAUCUCUGCAGUCUUUUCUAAAGGAGAGUUGUGUUGAACUGAGAAAACAAUAGAAACAGGCUGUGGCUUUUACUGUGCAUCUGACAAGUUCUGUAAGACCUUAUUCGUUUAGUAACACCCCUCAGUGGAGUGAAAUAUAGUUGACUGUAAAUGGUAAUUUAGAGAUAAUGGUUUGAAUGUAUUAAGUUCAAGCAGCACAUCAAAAGUGAAAGUGGAGCCAGUGUUAAUGUACUUAAUCAAAGAGCACAGGGGAAUGUGGUUUCACCCGAAAUCGGUCAGUCCUUCAAGUUGAGACUGUUCUAGCAAAAUUUAAAGUAAGUUAAUAAAAGGGAACACAGAUCUCAAAAUAUAUAAAGCAUGCAUUUUAGAUGAAAACCCAAAUUAUGUAAUUCUGUGCAAUAUGAGGGACCUAUUUCCUGAGAGGGAAUGGCUAUGGAUAAAAUAAUCAUAGCCUGUAUUUCUUCCCUGGGCCCCACCCCAUCUUGGAGUGCUUUAAUUAGAUACUAACCCAGAUUAAAGUAUUUGCCAUACUCAGUUUCUCCCUUGACCUGAAGAAAUCCAUGGCCAUUGAGAAUCUGGUGCGUUAGAAAACAUCCAGUUUUCUCCAAGUACACCAGGGAGCUUACAUACAGCACCCAGGAGAUGGACUGUAUACGAAAGAAAAAGGCUGACCCCAUUACAUGUUGAUGAUUUAACUCACAUUAUUCUUACCUUCUGGACUGAAGCUUGGAAAGUGUCCAUUGCAUCAUUUACAAGCAGAAAUGUAACAUUUCGGUGCAGGAGAAGGCGAUGUUACCCAUCCCAGGGUAAACCCAGGGUCACUGGUUUAUCUCUCUGUUGGGUAUUUGUGUAUGGGAUGCAGUAACCCCUAAAGCAGUACAAAAUUCAAGCAAACUAAAGGGUGAUCCUUGCAUAGUACUCAGAGUCCAAUGACAUAAAAUGAUGGAUCAAAGGAUUAAUUUUGCUUAAGGAAGCACUUUGGGUUUUGAGUCUCAUUGGACUCAGUUUUCAGCAGGAUGUUUGUUGUGCUCAAGGGCUCAAAUUUGGAAAUUCCAUUACGGGCAUGUAAUGUCAAUUCAGAUGAACUUAAUUGAAACAGGACACUUGAUGAAGACCUGCUGCGCUUAUAAUUUAAAAUUUAGAAAUGGGUAGUGAGAGUAGAUAAUGGGAAGGAUUUUUGCCUCUGAAAUUAGCUCGGUGUAUUAAUUCAGAAAAGCAGUCAGUUGCAUCUGAUUGUGUGCCUUAGUAAUCUGAACCAUCUGCUGCUCUGUACUGAGUUCGUCUCUAAUCCAGCUUACCGCCACAAACCACUCUUCUCUGUCCUUGUGCCCUUGAGCGGACGAGGCUGUGCAAAGUCCGCUCUUAAGGGUGUUGCUGUCGCCGAGGGUAUUUGGAGGUUUUGUCUUUUUUUUUUUCCUUAGGUUUUUGUCUUGACUUUUGGGUUUAUUUUUCUGGGGCAGAAACAAUGGCUUUCUUUAUGAAAACUAUGAUAAGUAACCAGGUAAAGAAUUUAGGACUUGGUGGCGGGUCUGAAGAAAAAAAAGAAGAGGGAGGUGCAUCCGAUCCUGCAGCAGCGCAGGGGAUGACUAGGGAGGAGUACGAGGAGUAUCAGAAGCAAAUGAUUGAGGAGAAGAUGGAAAGAGAUGCUGCAUUUACACAAAAAAAGGCAGAGAGGGCAUGCCUCAGAGUUCAUCUCAGAGAAAAGUACAGACUCCCAAAGAGUGAAAUGGAUGAGAACCAAAUCCACCUGGCUGGGGAUGAUGUGGAUUUGCCCGAAGAUCUCCAGAAAAUGGUAGAUGAAGAUCAAGAAGAAGAAGAAGAUAAAGAUUCUAUUCUUGGGCAGUUACAGAAUCUUCAGAACAUGGACUUGAAUACCAUAAAAGAAAAAGCCCAGGCCACGUUCACAGAAAUCAAGCAGACAGCGGAGCAGAAGUGCUCUGUGAUGUGAGGGGCAGGGCAGGUGUGGCAGAGGGAACUAGGUCAAGGCGGAGGUGCCCUCUCUCCUACAGGGCGCUUCGAGAAGCAUAUACAUUAACGUAGUGAACACACUUAGAAAAACCAUGAUGAUAAAUGCUCUACAAACAGGCAGACAGCAGCUUGACAUUCUAAAUGUCCCUGGUAGAGCAUUUAGCUAGCACCUUGCAGAAGGAAACAUACUUUCCUUUUAGUUGCAAAUGUGGCUAAGUAUGAAUUUUCCUUUGUGAACAAUCAGAACGUAAAUCUGCUUAAAGAUCUUCAGGAUAGCCAGGAAGAAACAAAAGCAGGUGGCAUAUCCUCUCGGAUUUCCUGCCUUAGAGAGCAAAAUCUCACCCUGUCUAACCAUUAGCAUGACUCCAUUAGCAUGACUCCCUGCAGAGAAAGAUGUGGAGGAUCAGGGUGCCCACCAGGAGCCUUAGCUGCAGGCUGAAGGGCAAAGAUCACACCGCCUCUUAUUCCCAGGCUCCUUAUGUUUGUUAUUGAUGCUUCUCAUCACCUGCGGCUCUUGGACAGUUCAAGGCCGAGGUGUAGCAGCAAGGAUAUGGUAAAAGAUGAAAAACUAAGGCAGAGAAUUGACUUCACUGGCCCCUUGCAAGGUGUGAAGUUAGAGGCAGGGGGACACUUGGGGAAGAUAUCUCUGUUUCUGCAUUCAGCGUUUCUCCUCUUGUCUGAACUUGGAGAUGGCAAUGGGGACAAAGCUUGUGGACAAAUAGGGAGCACUGAGAAGUCAAAUCGAGCCCCCCACAUCUCUGUCUGUCUUCCCCUCUCCUCCCCCUUCUCUCCCCUGCUUGCCCUCUCUUCCCAGCUCUCCUCCUUUCUCCUCUCCUGUCCUUCCCCACCCAUCCCUUCAGACUAGCUCCCAAUAAAUCAUGCUGUCAUUCUGUGCCACAGUCUUCUGGGGUGUACACAGAUUUCUUUUUCCUAAUGUUUGCUGUCUUUCCAAGGGAAUUAUUCAAAAGACUUGAACAAUUUACCUCUGAAACACUUGGAGCUGUCUAAAGCCAGUCAAACCAAAAUGAAAUCCUGGUUUUUCAAUGAAUCUGUUUGUAGAUUAACCAUGCUUGAAGACAAAUAUUAUCAAGAACUGCUUUAACAGAGGAGAUGGGAACUAAGACCAAAUACUUAGGGUCUAACCUGUUCUAACCAGAAUUCCUGAAUGUUUUACAAGAAAAAUUUCAUGUUAAAUUAUUAGGGGCCCAGGACCCAUGAUCCUUGGCGAAGUUUUGCCCCUUUUGUAACUUGGUGGGAGAACACCAGUGUAAUGCUCGGGGCUAAUUAGCCUUGGGUCCACUGCCUUAGGCCAGUCUGGCUGCUAUAACAAACUACCAUAGACUGGGUGGGUUAUGAACGACAAAUAGUUCUGGAGGCUGGCAGGCUGAGAUCAGGGUGCCAGCAGAGCUAGGGUGGCGAGGGCACCCUGUGUUGUGGAAUUUUCAUUUUAUCCACAUGGUGGAAAGGAUAAGGGAGCUCUGUGGGGUCUCCUUUAUGAAGAUCACUAAUCUCAUUCUAAUCACCUCCCAAAGGCCCCAUGUCCUAAUACCAACACCUCGGGGGUUAGGAUUCAACGUAUGAAUUUGUGGGGGGACACAAUUCAGACCAUAGUGUCCACAAACCCGAGUUACCAUAGAUACAUUUUAAAGCCAUGCCUGUCUUUUAUCAGAACUGGCAUGUGAGUUACAGUUUGUUUUAUAGCAGACACUAAAAUACUCACAAUUUUUAAAGCUUUGAAACAAUGGAGACGGUUAAUUAUCAGCUCAGUGCCUGACUGUGCCCUGUAACUGGUGGAGUGGCGGGAUGGAGAGGCGGCACAUGUGGCCUUCUGUUUGUACUUUUGUUGUGACAUAAAAUACUGUGGCUGCCAAAUUAUUCCACAGACUGGCUGCAGGAUGGCAUAAAAGACUUGCUUUCUUGUACAGGAUGCAGUCAGCGCUGCUAACGAUAUCAGUAAAUGGGCACUUUAUUUUGACAACCAAAAUCACUCUAGUACCAUUUUGGUCCCUGCCCAGUGGAAUGCAUAGCUGCUAGAAGAUUCUAGCCAUGGUUAUCUGGGUCAUAGCACACCACAGCAUACCAGACAGCCCCUUGCCAACACACGCAACAGGUGUAAAGGGUUGGGGCAGCCAGGGCCUGUAUUACGGCAUUCCGAAGCCCUUUUUCCCUCUAGAAGAUGGUGCCUAUGCCAUGUGAUGAACACAAAAGGCUCUUCCUUCACCAAAACCGGAGAACCCAACAGUCCUAAAGAAAUAGGCAGCAAUCUAUCCUAAACUCCCAUAUAUAAAGUAAUGAAGGAACCGCUUCCAUACCACCCCAGUCUAGCCUCAGUUGAAGGCCUCCAGGGGUGCAGAACAACCCAUCUGCUGCUCCACAGGAAUCCCGCCACUAAACCUUCCAUCUGCGGACUUCAUUAACUGUUAGAAUACCUUUCCUUGCCUUAAGUUGAAAUUGGCUGUGUUUUUGACCCAUUUGUCAAAGCUUUACAGAUAUGCCUAAAUGUCCACUCAAGCUUUGAUGAUGUCCCCACCCAGCUUUCUCUUUUCCAGGUAAGACAUCCUUACUUCUUAUCAGUUCACAUCACACCGUUACUGACAUACUGACACUGUUAACCUGCUGGGUGAACCUGCUCUGUCACGGUCUGCUCUCAC